AUGCAAGAUUUCCAUGUUGAAGACCGGACUAUCACCCUUACUAAGGAGUUUAAAAAGAUGAAACCGCCAUCCUUUAAAGGAGGGAUAGAACCAAUGAAAGCUGAAGCAUGGGUGUUGGGAAUAGAGAAGCUAUUUGAAGUCUUUCCCUGCACAGAAGUUCAGAAGGUGCAAUUGGCUGCUUUUACUCUUGAGGAUGAGGCACGCAGAUGGUGGAUGCUUACGAGAACUGUACACCAAGGAUUGACAUGGGACAGAUUCUUAGAAUUGUUUUAUGACAAGUACUUCCCUCAAAGCAUGCGGGUUAAGAAGGUAACAGAAUUCGAAACUCUCAGGCAAGGGAACAAAACCGUCGCCGAAUACGAAGCCCAAUUUACAGAAUUAGCUCGGUUUGCACCUCAUAUGGUGGACACGGAUUAUAAGAAUCCGCGUAAAUUUGAAGGGGGAUUGCGGAGCGCUAUCUUGGAUAAGGUCAACAUGUUGAAGUUACCCACAUACGUUGAUGUGUUGGAGAGGGCUGUUAUAGCGGAAGGGAAUCUCGCUACUCAGAGUCGAAUUUCGGAAUGGAAAGGGAAGAGGCAAAAUACUCAAUGGUCGAAGGGAUCACCUACUCCGCCAAACAUGAAGCAAACUUUAGGGAAUUUAAAUACUACUACCCCUAGCCAGGACUUAAUGCCGACUUGUCCGGAAUGUGGGAAGAAGCAUCGUGGGACGUGCUAUCGGAAGUCUGGAGCCUGUUUUUAG